AUGGAGGAGCAGAUUCCCAAGGCUCCCGAGCCCACAAGCGCUGCUGCGCCCAAGCAAGAGGAACAGGAGUUGCCCAAGUUGUCGCCACAAGAGUUCAGGAUAUACAACAGAAUGGCAGAGCACAUGGACAUGUUCCACGAGAACUUCCGUAGAACGUGGAAUUUACUGUACGGAGCAUGCGAAAGCAAGAAGCGUCCGGCUGGCAUGUCAAUCCGUCAGUUCAUUGGUGUCGGAGACGACUUCUGCCACCAUUUGACCAUCCACCACACCAUCGAGGAACGCCACAUCUUCCCAGUCCUUGCCCGCAAGAUGCCAGCCUUCAAGAAAGAGCUUGAGUUGCUCACGCAGCACAAACAGAUUCAUGAAGGCCUCGACAAGUUCGAAGAGUAUCUCGGUCAAUGCCGAAGUGGAGAGAAAGAGCUGCGCAUGGAUGAGAUGAAAUCGAUCCUGGACACAUUCGGCAAGGUCCUAUGGCAACAUCUUGACGACGAGGUACAUGAGCUUCGAGCGGAGAACAUGAGACGGUAUUGGACGCCAGCCGAAAUGGCGAGGAUCCCCAUAUAG